GAAUUUACUUUUUGCAUUUUAAAGAGAGAGCGAAGAAACGCCAACGGCAGAAAAACUUUAAUGAACAAUGGGCAACUUCCCGUCAGUUGCUCAAAACGCAACUUUUGAAAAAUACCCUGAAAACAAUUCAUUUUUUCUUAAAGAAGUUUGAUAUCGAUCCAUCAUUAGUUGAUUCAUAGUAUUUGCUGUGUUUUACUAUAUUAUAUUUUAUCCUAUAUUAUCAUAUCAUAGGAAGUUAUUGCUGUAUAUAAUGGAAUCUACCGAAUCCUUAAGAUUGCCUACUGAUUUGAUCAACUUAACAGCGAAAAGGAAUAAAAACCAAUCAUUAAAUCCAAAACUGAACUAUCCAAUUUUUUUAAAAGACUAUCCAAAUUGGAUUAAAGCGAGAGAAUCAUUAAAUAAUAAUUUAAAUGAUAUUCAAGCUUGGUCCGAAUUAAUUAAUCAAACCAAAAAAAUUUUAUCAGUCACACCAAUAACUGACGAUAUUAAAAAUUUAAUUCAUAAAACAUUUAACGAGUUAUUAACUCGAUUUCCGUUAUUAGUUUAUUUUUGGAAACAAUAUAUUCUAAUUGAUUUCCAAUUAAAUAACAAUGAUAUUAUUUCUUCGAUAAAUUUAUAUCAAAGAGCAUUAAAUGCGUUUCCAAAUUCAAUCGAAUUAUGGUUUGAUUUCUUAACUAUUAUAAUUAAAAAUUUCCAAAAAAAUUUUUUAGAUGCAAUUGAAUUGAUCCAAUUUGAAAAGAUUGAGAAAAAAGAAAAAUUUGAAAGAGAUAUUAUUAUAGAAGUUACAAAAAUUCGAUCAAUUCUAAACAAUUCAGUUGAAUUAUGUGGGUAUCAAUUUUAUUCAGAUCCAAUUUGGGAUAAAUAUAUUGAGUUUGAAUUGCUCUUAAAUUCUAUAAUUGAAAAAUUAACGACAAAAAAAUUUGAAUUGAAAAGAGAUUUUUAUGAUGUUUAUAAAUUCAAAUAUAAUGAUAAUAACAAUAGUAACGAAAUCCAACUAAAUAUUUUAAACAUUUAUUUAAAAUUAAUUAGAAUUCCUUUACAUCAAUAUGCCAAAUACUAUACCAAAUUUACGAAAUUAAAACCAUUUUUUGGAAUUGAAUUGUUAUUAAAAAAUGAUUUGCAAGAAGUUGAAAACUUAAUGAAACGAAAUUACAUUGAAAAUAUUAACGAUUUACCCAAGAAUAUAUCAAAUAGUUUUAUUGAUAAUUAUUUCAAUAAGAUUUUUCUAAAGACACAAAAUGAUGUUAAAUUAAGAUGGAACUUUGAGAGUAAAAUUAAGUAUCGAAAUUUUAAUUUCAAUAACUCAAUUUCAAUACCAGAUAAUGAAUUGAAGAAUUUUUUGGAUUAUUUAAAAUUUGAAGAAACAAAUGGAGAAAAAUCACAAAUAGCCUCACUAUAUGAAAGAAUUUUGAUACCAUGUUGUUACAAAGAACAAAUUUGGGUAAACUAUAUUAAAUGGUUUUUAAAAAACUAUCCUCAAGAUAUUAAAAAAAUUAAGUUGAUUUAUGAUAAAGCGGUUAACAAAUUUCUCCCUAUAAACAAGAAAUUUUUAAGAGUUAAUUAUUGUAUUUAUUUAGAAAAAAUCAAGGAAUUUGAUGAUGCGAAUGAUUGUUAUUUAUUGUUGAUUAAGCAUUACAAUUUAUUAAUUGAUAAUAGGAAUGGCAGUUUAAGUAUGAAUGAUAAUAAUGAAAAUAUUAAAGAUAAAGAAAAAGAUAAAGGCAAUGCAAUUAAAUUUGAUGAAAAUGAGUAUAAACAAAUGAUUAAACGAUACUUGAAUUUUUUGAAAAGAUGGCUAGGAAUUGAUAAAAAUCUUGAUAAUUUAGAGAUAAUAAUCAAUUUAUAUUUUUCUAAAAUUAAAACAGGAGUUACUAAUAGCGGAAGUGGUAAUAAAUCUACAAAAUAUGGAAAAUUGAACAAAUUGGAUAAAGAAUUUGAGCCGUUACUUCAAAUUUGUGAUGAUUACAUGAUUUGUUUAAUUUUGGUGGAAUUCAUUGAGAUAAGUUAUUUGAUUAGGUAUAAUACAGGAAUCAAUGGUGUUAAUGGGAAUACUGGAGUAAAUAAUGGAAAUACCAACAAUAAUACUGAUAACAAUAACAAUAACAAUAAUAAUAAUAAUAAUAAUGAUAAUGAUAGUAAUAAUAAUAGUAAUGUUAUUAUUAAUGAGUAUAUUAGAAAAAUUUAUUUGAACUUCUAUAAAGAAGAAGUAUUAAAAACGUCUAUUGAAUUCUGGAGAAGUUAUUUUAAUUUUGAAAAACAAUAUGGAAAUUUUUAUAAUUUGAGAAAGCUAAUAAGAUAUAUUAAGUUAAACACAUAUUUACCAAUAGUGGUAAUUAAUGAUUUUGUUUAUCUUUAUAGUGAAUACUUGUUAAGUAACGCUAUAAAUUUGAGUAAUAACGUUUAUGGAUGUUACGAGAUUGAAGAUAAUAAAGGGAAUAAUAGUGGAAAUAACAAUAAUAAUACUAAUAUGAGUGGGAAUAUUAUUAAUGGCAACGGUAUUAAUAAUAGUAGUGGUGCAGUGAGUGAAAUGAAUUCGGUUGGGAAUAAUGAUCCAAUGGCAUCAUUAAGUGUUAUAUUUAAGGAGAUAUUAAAAAGCGAAUCAGAGAUUGAAGGACCAUUUUUCCAAAAUUAUUCACAUAUCAAGCGAAUAAAUGGAGUUGAAAUGGAGUUAAAACCGCUCAUAAGCAACCAGCUCAAUUACAAUGAAACGUUGGGCAAAGUUCCCAGCCUACCACUAUUUAAAUAUGUGGAAAGCAGAAGUAAAUAAAGACUAUAUAGUGAUAAGUAGUAACAAAUGCAAUGUGUGAUCUUUG